GAAAUGCUGACAGACUCAGAGUGAAGGAGUGUUUCUGGUUUAAAACAAAAACUGAGGCUCCGUGUGUCCCUGAUAUCUCCAUGUGUUUUUUUAUAAGGAUGAGAUGAGGUCCAGAACCUGGACAAUGUGACAGAAUAAGUUCUGGUUCUGCUGAAGUAAGACAAGUUCUGGCAGAUUAAAGGAUCCUGCAGCUGGCAUCAUGCUGGUUGGUCUCGCUGGUUUCCUGGAAAUGACGGACUCAGCUGCAGCUCCAAGGCUGUCAUCGUGGUCUGUUGUUCUGAUGUUCUGUAUGCUGUUGGGUCCGGUCUGGGCCAGUGCCUGCCCGUCUCAGUGCCUCUGUACUUCAGAUCUCCUUAGUUGCACGGCUCUGGAUUUGGAUCAGGUCCCUGUGGUGUUGCCUGUCUUCACGGUCACACUGGACCUGAACCACAAUCGUAUCAUGCAGCUAGAGGAGGAAAGCUUUGAGGGCCUUCCUCGUCUGGAGAUGUUACGUUUGGCACAUAACCAGUUGACCAAGAUUCAGCCCGGAGCCUUCCGAAACUCCUCGGGUCCUCUGCUCCGACAUCUGGACUUGUCCUCUAAUCAGCUGAUGGUUCUGGAGCAGCAUUACUUCCAGGACUUACCCGGACUGCAGGAACUGUUGCUGUUCAACAAUCGCAUCGUCCGUGUGGAAACCGGAGCUCUGGAUGCCCUACGGAAUCUCCACAAGGUCUACCUCAGUCACAACCUGCUCACCAACUUCCCCUUCUUCAGCAUCCAGAAGCACAGCCACCCCAACUUGUCCAUGUUGGACUUAUCCUCCAAUCGGCUGCCCAAACUGCCCCUGAAGGACAUCUCCAACCUGCCCCAGCUGGUCAAAGAGGGACUCUACCUCCACAACAACUCCCUGGUGUGCGACUGCUCCAUGUACUCCUUGUUCAGGUUCUGGGAGAAGCAGGACUUCGCCUCCGUCAGGUUCUUCAGGCAGGAGCACGUCUGUCUGGUGUACGGGAUCCAGCGAGGGGUUCAGUUCUUCCUCUACAGUCGUUUCUUUGAUAAAUGUAACUUGAUGGGGAUGAAGGAGCAGAAGGGGAACGUGUCAGUGACGGCAGGGGAGCCGCUGCUACUGCACUGCAUAACCUCUCUGUCCAGGACCAGCACCACCUUCUUCUGGCUGGCACCAAAUUCAGAGUAUGUGGUGCCGCCAGGGAACAAUGGCUCCUUAAAGAUGUUCCCCAACGGUAGUCUGGAGAUUGUGGCAGCACGUGAGGAGGAUUCCGGAAUCUACCUGUGCAUGGCUCAAGACCAGGAUCACAACGAGACUCGGGAGGUUAAGGUGACUGUGCUGCGCCAUGAGGGCGAGGCCCAUGAGCAUUUCAACACGGGUUUCACCACGCUGCUGGGCUGCGUGGUCAGCCUGCUGCUGGUCCUCAUGUAUCUGUAUCUGACGCCAUGCCGCUGCCCCAAGCACCGCCCCCCGACCACCGUCACUCUGAGUCGAGGCAAGGAGGCAAGGCCGGGGAGUGCCCAGUCCUCCAUCCUGACACCAACCCCGCCGCUGACCACCGAGGGUCCGGGUCGAAAGGUUAGUACCAACAAGCAUGUGGUGUUUCUGGAGCCAAUCAGAGAGCAGCAGAAUGGCAGACUGAGGGCGGGGCCGGGGCUCCUGCUGGGGGUGGAGCCACAGCAGAGAGCUGGGGAGACGGACUCCUACGUGUCCGUCUUCUCUGACACGCCCAUCUUGUUGCCAUAGUAACACUAAGACACAUGGACUGGCACUGUGUUUACCCACUCCCCCACUGCAGACCUGAGCACAACACCCCCAACCCUCCCCAUUCCAAGUGCAAUUCUCAAUCCAGAAUCCUACUGAGCCCCAGAACCAGUGCACUGUGAUGGGU